UGUACUAGUAAGAUUUAAUUUAACCGAACCAUAUCAAAACCUACGACUCUCUCUCUCUCUUUCUCACUCAACCGGCGCCGGAGAUAUUUCCCGAUUACACUAAUCGAGUCAAGCAGAGGUGUUUUUGGAUGGAAAGACGCGUCGCAAACGCCUUCCCUGGACCUGGUCCUCCACCAACACAAGUUCCCUAUUAUCAUAACAACAACAACAACUACAACCCUCAUCAGAUUCAUCCGUCGCACCACCAUGUCUCCGCCGUUGGAUUCCACCAAUACCCACAAAACGACAAUAGAGAUCAGCGUUUCAAUCAGCCGCAUUUUGAUAAUCAACAGCAACCCAAUAUGAUCGUUGACGCUCCGCCGCUUCCACCGAGUGGUGAGUUUAGUCCUUGCGGCGGCGGAAGCAGCUUGAGGAAGAGACGCUCUCUAUCCUCCUCCACCACCCCAGAUCCUAGUGCUGCUGCUGCUGAUGGUUGUAUUGCCAAGUUAUAUGUUGCGCCUCUUCCAAAGACAGCUAAGGAAGACGAUGUCCGUCAGGUGUUUGAAAAGUAUGGUAAUGUCACUGAGAUCAUCCUACCCAGAGAUAAGAUGAGCGGUGAACGAGCAGCUUACUGUUUUGUCAAGUACAGAAAGCUAGAAGAGGGUAAUGCCGCUAUUGCAGCUUUAACAGAUCAGUAUACCUUUCCUGGGGAAAUGUCUCCAGUUCAGGUUAGGUAUGCCGGCGCUGAACGUGAACGGAUUGGUGUUUCAACAGUGCAAAUUCCUGAUAAAUUAUAUGUUAGAUGCCUUAACAAACAAACAACAAAAACGGACGUCCAUGAGGUAUUUUGUAGGUUCGGAGUCAUUGAAGAUAUUUAUAUGGCAGUCGACGACAUGAAGGUUAGCCGUGGGUUUGCAUUUGUUCAGUUUUCUCGUAAGGAGAUGGCACUAGCAGCAAUCAAAGGGUUAAAUGGAGUAUUUACCAUGCGGGGUUCUGAUCAGCCUCUGAUUGUUAGAUUUGCAGACCCUAAAAGACCUCGUCUAGGGGAACCAAGGUCUAACUUUAAUGCUUCGCCUGCAAUGCAACAAUUCGAUCCAAAUUGGCACCCACAACCAUAUCCCCAGUGGGGAAACAAAGAACCUGCAGCCCCAAGAGUUGUUGAUUUCGCUUCACAGCCUAAUCACUUCCCGCAGCAAAAUGCUCAAGCAGUAUCCGCGUUUCAAACACCGAUGCAUCAAGAUUUUGAGAAGCAUCAGACUGCCAGCGUGGAGACUAGAAGCGAUGGUCAGAAGAUUUCUAGUCGUUCAAAUGCCAUUCAUGAAGAUCAAAAUACAGAAGAAUGUGACUGGAGUGAACACACUUGUCCUGAUGGGAACAAGUAUUAUUUCCAUUGUGUCACUUUUGAAAGCACGUGGGAGAAACCAGAGGAGUACUCCAUGUUUGAGAGAUGGUUCGACGAGCAAAUAAGGCUACAAGAUCAAAAUAUUGCCAAGAGCCAAGAUGCAAUCAAAAACACCCAGCAAGAUGGGUCUACUCUACUCCAACAACAAUCCUUAUCCACAGCGGAUGAGGAGAACAUUUCCGUAUAUCCGGUAACAAGAGUGGCUGCUGAAUCAACCUGUUCAUAACAGUUGAGUCUCUUUACUAAAAGGAAGCUAAUAUUACACAUCUCACAAGAUCUUCUUAUAUCAUCCUGCUAUUUCAAUACACGACAAGUCACCGGACAAGUGUUUUGGAAAGGAGAAUGAAAAAAGAGUAGUCCUGAGGUAAAAAGAAGUUGAUUUCUUCAAGACUCUGAACAUUUGGUACAUAUUUGCUGGAAUCCAAUUGAAAAGGUGUUAUGAAAGUUGGUUAGAAACCUCUGCAGCUUAUAGUCUCUCGCAUUUGUUUCUGAGCAACAAGACACUCCGCCACACCUUUUUAAUAAAAGAAAAACGCUUUCUUGGUCA